AUGGCGUCUUGGCUCGCGCUGGAGGCUCUCUUCAGGGUGACUAGCAGGGCCACCAAAUCCAUCGAUGAACACCCCCCCACCCCUCGGCCCGUCCGCGUCCUCUGCCUCCACGGCUACUCCUCCAACGGCAUCCUCCUAGAAAAACACCUCCAACCCAUCCGCUCCUGCCUCCCCCAAUCCUGGGAGUGGCACUACAUCGACGGCGACUACCCCGUCCCGCUCAGCACCUCACCCCCGGGGGAACACUCCUGCCGAAGCUACUACCCAACCCCCGACGCGCACCACAUUGACGAGGCGCACUCCCAAGUCCACUUGUACACCCUCCUCAACGGGCUCGGGUACGACAUCAUCCUCGGCUUCGGCCAAGGCGCCGCGCUAGCGGCCUCAAUUCUGUUGCAUGAGCAGCGUGAUUGGCAGAUUGGGGAGUCAGAGUUCAAACUAGGGGUAUUUUUCAGCUCUUCGAUCCCAUACGCGAAGUGUUUGCAGGCGGAUUACAACGCGCGGCACGUUUUUGGGAUUGAGGGGGAGACUCCUGAGGUGGUGAGGGAUCGGACGACGGAUGUGCCGGGGGAGAUGCUACCGACCGAGGAGCAGAAUCGUUUCCGGUGUCAGGAGCAUGAGACUGUUUGGGAGGAGGAUUUUAAUGUGGAUAAGGAUGGGGUUGUUUGGAGGGCGGAGACGAGGUUGUGUAUGAGUCUUGAGGGGCAUGAGGCGUGUAGGGGGGCGAGGAAAACAGAUAAGAUUGUGGUGGUGGAUAAAGGGGAGAGGACGUUUUAUCAGAUGUUUCAUCCUGAUGUGGAGAAGGCGAGGAUUCAGAUCCCGACGGUGCAUAUACAUGGGAGGAAUGAUCCUUGGAGGGUGCAGGGGAGGGCGUUGAUGAGGAUGUGUGAUGAGGAUAAGGUGCAGUAUGCGAUUCAUGAGGGGGGGCAUGAGAUUCCGGGUUGGGGGGAGGAUUUGGAUGAUGUGGUGGAGGCUAUUAGGGAGGGAUUGAAGGAGGUGGGGAUACCCUUGGAGGAUGAUGAGUGA